UUUCUUUUUUUUUAUUUUUUAAAAUCCUUCCUUUCUUGCUGUAUUCCUCAUCUCCCCUCCCUUUGGAUCUGCAUUUAAUGCAAAGGCGAGAUUUUGAUGCGUUGAUUGAGAGAUGGGAUUAAUCAGCUCAAAGAUUUGAUCUUUGGAUAGUUUUGGGAAAUGGGCAUGGGUUGUUUUUCUUGCUUUGAUUCAAAGGAAGAAGAGCAGUUGAAUACUGAUCAUAAUAAUGAGAAGGUUGUUUAUAAGAGAGAAGAGCAGCCCAUGGUUCCUCCUAGGAUUGAUAUGCUCCCUUCAGGACUCGAUAGGGUUAGGUCAAGUGGCAAUUUGAGUAGCAGAAGGGAAUCAGUCAGUCCAAGAGAUGGCUCUGGUGUCAAUAUAUCUGCCCAAACUUUCACCUUUCGGGAGCUUGCAGCAGCCACAAAGAACUUCAGGCCUGAAUGCCUCAUCGGAGAAGGGGGAUUUGGGAUGGUCUAUAAAGGUCGUCUUGAGAGCACUGGACAGGUUGUGGCGGUAAAGCAACUUGAUAGGAAUGGGCUUCAAGGAAAUAGAGAAUUUUUGGUGGAGGUGCUCAUGCUUAGCUUAUUACAUCACCCCAACCUUGUUAAUCUAAUUGGUUAUUGUGCUGAUGGAGAUCAACGGCUUCUUGUAUAUGAGUUUAUGCCCUUGGGAUCUUUGGAAGAUCAUUUACACGAUCUCCCUCCCGACAAGGAGCCUCUAGAUUGGAACACAAGGAUGAAAAUAGCAGCCGGAGCAGCAAAAGGAUUAGAAUACCUCCACGAUAAAGCCAACCCUCCGGUUAUCUACAGAGACUUCAAGUCCUCCAAUAUUUUAUUAGACGAGGGCUUUCACCCAAAACUCUCUGAUUUUGGGCUUGCGAAGCUCGGCCCAGUCGGUGAUAAAUCUCAUGUCUCGACUAGAGUUAUGGGAACUUAUGGAUAUUGUGCUCCAGAAUAUGCUAUGACUGGGCAGUUGACAGUUAAAUCCGAUGUGUAUAGUUUUGGGGUUGUUUUCUUGGAGUUGAUUACUGGAAGGAAGGCUAUUGAUAGCAGUAAAGCUCAUGGAGAACAGAAUCUCAUUUCAUGGGCCCGACCAAUGUUCAACGAUCGACGAAAACUCUCGAAACUGGCUGACUCAAACCUACAAGGCCGAUACCCAACCCGCGGCCUCUACCAAGCCCUCGCCGUAGCCUCAAUGUGCAUCCAAGAAGAGGCUGCAACCCGCCCUCUCAUUGCAGACGUUGUCACCGCCCUCUCCUACCUCGCCACCCAAUCCUACGACUCAUCCACCGCUCCCGCAUCCGGUCACCCGUCAACCAGAGCUGGCCGACCGCCGGCUGAGAAAGCCGGAAACGACGAUGGCCAAAGGUUGGAGGCAUAUGGGUCGGAGAGGGAUGACUCGCCCAGAGAGGGAGUUCCUCUGAACAACAAGGAUUUCGAUAGGGAGAAAGCAAUAGCUGAAGCGAAGAUGUGGGGGGCGAACUGGCGGGAGAAGAGGAGGGCAAACGAUUGAGGAUUGAGUUUUGAUGCUGCAAAUGGUAAUAGGUAGAUUUAUGUAUCCAUUUUUCAUGUAAUUUUAACCUUUUUUUUUUCUAGUACCCCUUGUUUAUUAGAUGGAGGGGGAGGGGAAGGGGGAGAGUGUUGAGUGUAUAUUGUGGAGAGAGGAGAAAAAAAAGUUUGUAGUUAUGUUGUGGUGAGAAGACAUUGUGUGUUGUGCUUGUAAAAAUUCCAUGAGAAAAUUUUGUGAUGUUUCCCUUCA